UCGAGGUCCGCGACGCGGCGUAGAUUGAUCCGCAAGAAUGACCCGGUCGUGCCUUUUGAAAAGUCCCGCCCCCUCUCUCUUGUCACCUAUAAAUGCUCGAGCUUGAACGAUUCUUAUCCUCAAUUCCAAAACCCACAUUCCACAUCCACCAGGACAUUCGAUUCUUCACACCCAAAUCUCCAAGUUUCAAAUUUUCAAUCGCCCGGCUCCGCAUCGUCUUCGAUUCCUUCAGCGAUCGCGGUUUCCCGUUUAGCUCAAAUGGAUCAGCACAGUUCGGUGCUGUGGCCGGAGUCCCUCGGACCCAGGCCGUACGGAAUCGGAUAUGCGCGCGGCGAGCCGAUGCCCAGCGCCGCCGGAGCUCGUCCCUUCCGGAGCUCCGAUCACGCCCCCAACACCUUGGGGAGCGGGAGUCCGUACGGGGAGAACUACAGCUUCGGGGACGCGGAGGACCAGUUCUACUACUACGGACACCGCCCCUGCGACGGGACCCCCCGCGACGGGAGGGAUCAGUCGAUGGACCCGUGGCUGCUGGCGCUGAUGGAGGACCUGAAGGAGCUCUACGUGCGGCGCCAGCACACGUUUCGCAAGCUGUUCCCGAAGCUGCACCACGAGAUCGAUCAGAAGCUGGAGGAUGCUCUGCGGUCGAACAGGACGAGCGAGGUGAGGGCGUUCCAGAGGAGCUUGAGCGUGGGAUCGCCCCGGCUGCCCGGCAGGGACGGAGGUGUAGGGGACGAGCCGGAGUUGAGGCUCAACAGGUUCAAGGUGCGGACGGUUGACUUGGAAGACGACGUUGUUGAGAGCGGCGGUCAACAGGGCGGUCAAGGCGGUAAGGGCGGCACGGCCUCCGGCAGCGGCGGCGGCGGCGGCGGCACAAAGAAUGGAGGCACAUGACGGAGGUGAAGAACGAAAAAGGAAGCAUCAGAAUCGGUGAA